AUGGAUACCGUAGAUCAGCAUAUUGAAAGCAAUGUCUUGUUAGAUAAUAACGAAGUUGAGACUAUAAUUUCUAAUUUAUUAGAUGAGAAAGAAAUACUUGAUGAUGAGGGAAUAAUUUCUAUGGUUCAAGCCAAGAAAAAUAAUGAUAAGCCAACCGAGCAAAAAAUUGAGGAAGAGGAUGAAGACAAAGUACCUGAACCACUAGUAAUAGUUGCUGAAGUAUAUAGUACAAUGCAAACCGUUAUUCGCUAUAAAGAGCAAGAAAAUUCAGAAUCAAAUUUGUUGUUAGAUGAAUUAGGAUUUUUAAGAAAACUACUCAAAGAGUAUAAACAUGUAUAUGAAAAAUCAAAAAAGCAAUUAAAGAUCACUAGUUUCUUUACUUUUCCAGAUUCAUACUCUAAUAGCUCAUAUCUCCAAGACUCCUAUCCCUAUGAUUUGUAUUCUCAAGAUUCGUAUCCUUAUAAUUUAUAUUCCCAAGACUUGUAUCUUCAAGAUUCGUAUUUCUAUAACUCACAUUCCUCAGACUUAUCUUCAUGA